AUGAGAUCGAACGAGAAGAUGGGCAAGCCACGCAGUAAGAUGGUCAAGCCCAUAUUGAAGAAGUUGUCGCAGUCAGAAAAGAAUUCGUUGGAUUUGGAUCGCGGCUGGGACGAGCAGAACGAACAGUUCCAGAACCAAGGAUUAUGGGGAGCAUCGUCUUCGUUCCUCUACGAAUCCCAGAGCAGCGCCAUUCGGUCAGGUGGUUCUAGCAAGGACGUCAGUUUUGCAAUUGGUUCUCCUGAUCCAGCUGCAUCCAGCGGGCGGCGAUAUAACCACUCCAGAUCAAUUAGCGGAACGAGCCAUGUUUCGGUUGCGACUUCUGGAAGUGGUAGUGGUGUUGUUGGUGGUGUUGCUACUUCGAGGGCAGGCGCGACCUUCGUUCAUCCUUUUCAGCAGAUGCCGCGAACCGCGACCCCGCCGCUUUCGUACGCGACUUCGAAUUCACUGGCCUCUGACACUCGCGACUACUCACCCGUCAUCACGGAAGACGACGACGACUACGACCCUCUUCACCCCACCGCGAGUCACCACAGCCUGAACAAUCAUAACCUGACCGGUGGGAAGUCCAAUAUUCAACGACCCUCAAUCAUCAGUCAGCGAACCAGCUCUUACUCGGACAGUAGCAAAGGUGGCCCACUGCCUUCGUUACGUAUCAAUACCCGCGCCACGUCCACCACGCCAGCACAAUCAUCGCGACUUGCACAUGUCUCCAGCCGAUCUGACCUCAAAUUAAACGGUGCAAGGGAAUCAAGUUCAGCGAAUGUACACGCAUCGACACACUAUUACGCGUCACCCUCUAACUCAGUAGCACCAAUGUCUCCCUUUUCGCGCUCCUCUUUCGACAGUAAUUUCCGACUCCGGGCCAAAUCCGAUCUCGACACCGCCACCAGAGCCGAGCAUCUGCGUGAAGCGCGCCGCAAAUUCGAGAUGAAAGAACAGGCCAAAGAGGAGAAAUAUGCCCGUGAAGAGAUACGCCGACGAGAGAAAGCUGACAACAAACGAGUGCUGGAACUGGAAAAGCAAGCUGCCGCCAUGCGCAAAGAGCGAGAGGCGGAGAAGAGACGUCAAGAUGCGGCAGCGUUGGCAGAGGCCAUGCCGCGAGACAGCAAGCACGUUCGAAAGAUCAGUGGCGGCGCGACCAGCAGCGGCCAACCUAGUACCGCGCGCAGAGUCCACCCCGCGAUGAGCCUGUCGGAAAGAUUUACCAGUAGCAACUACGACAGCAUGGAGACUAGAAGCCCGCCCUCGUUUGGCAAUGAAGCUGGCAGUGCACCAAACGUGACCUUUGAGAAGGUGAAGCGUACCAACACAGCCAAGAGAAAGACGCAUGGCGCGUGGACUAUGUUCAUUCUAUGGUUGCGAACUAGAUUGCUACGGAUGAACAGCAAGGACCACUGA